GUGAUUUCUUCUGCCGACCGGUGGGUCAUUCUUUCUCUUUCCUCCUAUAACACGAACGAUGUUGUUCUCCCUUGCACCCUCUAUCUCUGGCUGUUCACCAUCAGCCCAUCAAUGGCAGAAACAACAUCAACGUGAUCUUCUCUACUUUAGUCCAAAAGAUUUGCGGUUAAUCCGAUUGAGCUAAAUUUGAGGGCGGCUUUGCCCCUCUAUUACUGCAAUUUCAACCUAUUUUUCUCCUCUUUUCCUCCGUCACCGAAAGAUUACUUUUUUCCCUCAAACGGUCAUACCCACCAUCUUCAAGACUUCGCUGAGGACUUUCUCAAACGGCCAGACUCUUCCUAUCCUCUCUCAUCCCAACCAUCAUAAUUCAAUUUCAGCCAUCCUCUAUUUUCUUCCGUUGGAUGCGACUGGUUUCUCCAUUCCAACACAUGACCACAAUUUUUUACUGGUGAAAAGUUCCUUUGCGCGCAGUUGUUUGCUGGUGUGAUUUGCUCGCUGCAACUCUUCUCUGAAUUUAAUGAAAAAAGGUGUGUUAUCAGUAAUACUAUUUCCUGAUUCUUGAGCCUUCGAACGAGGAAUUUAAAUUUGUUCCUAUUGGUUGAAUUAUGAUUUGAAUAUUAAUAAUUUUGCUGCGUAUUUGAAUUUAUAAUUGCAAAUUGUUGGGUUAGAUUCCAAUCGUUCUGCCAUUUGGGAAUUUUAUGUGCUUUUUGCGUGGGAUUGUUAGGUGUGUUGGUGUUUGAUUGUUAUAGUUUCUCAAAUCAGAUGCAGCAAAUUUGAUAGUUUUAGAGUUAUUUUUGUUUUUUUCUUCUUAAGUUGCAUGCCAACUGUUUGAUAGCUGGUCUCAAAGAACAUCAUGCCGGCGUUGCUUUACAAAGUCCACUGUUUAAGUUGAUGGCGCAUAUGAUGAAGUUGUUCUAAUUAGCUUGAUUGUGGAGUUUCACUACUGUAGUCACAUUAGUAUGCUUAGAUUUUUUGUGCCGUUCUUCAACUGAUCAGUGAAGUUGAAGCCAAUGGAUCGUUAAAAAUUGCAUAAAGUAAAAGAUGCAAAGAGAGUGUUUGGUGAAAUGCUUGAGAGAAAUAUUAUCUCAAAAUAACUGGUCAUAGAGAAGGGAUGAAAACCUUCUAAAAGAGGAUGGUAUCAUUUUGUUUACGAAGGAUGGUACUAUUUUUGUAAAAUACUUUCAAAUUUCAGGUCAUUUGUCUCUUUAUCUCCUCCUUACAAUUGCCUUCGUUUACUUUCUUAAUGGAAUAAAACAAGAGAAGUAAAGACAUGGUAUUCAGACCUUCAUUGGAAAAGUGAUUGGGGAUAACAACCAUUUCGGAGCCACAUGAAGAAAGAAUAGGAGCACAAAUAAUUGAAAGAUCUGAAUACCUAUUGGAAAACUGGCGCGUUACUUUGCUUUAAACAAAGAAAGUUGCUCCUGAUUCGAAGCCAAAAUCAUGGGGUGUUCUACAACGCUUGAAAUUGGUUAGGCCGUGAAACUUAUGCAAAUUGCAGUUAACACUCUACUAGGAAAUAGUUUAUGCGCAUGGAUUAGAAGACUUCUCAAAGGUUGUAGCCAAUUUAAACAUGCAUACAGAAAAGGAAAUGGAAAAGCAAUGCAAUGGCCAAAUUCAUUUGGUUCAUCUAUUCAAAUGUAGCAAAAGCUUUUAGCAAUUUGGUUAAGAAGAGUUUUCAUGUAACACUGAUAAGACAAAAGUUAUCGAUUUAGCCUCCAUGUAGCUGUUCUUUUUUGGUUUCAUAAUAUCUACUGAACCAGAAUUUGAUUUAUUAAGAUGAUCAAACUCUAUAAAUUCAAUACUCAUCAUAUUUCCGACAAAAAACGCCGCGUCAGGCCACACCUUGUGUGUGGCCACCUUACCUAGUAAUAAUUGAAAAGCAAAAUAUUUUCCCAAUAAUAAAUAAAUAAAUGUGGAAAGUAAAAGAAAGUGAAGCCCAUAAUGUAGAUUUAACUUUCUUGAAUAGCCCAAUGUAAGGACUUAAGACUUGGACCGGGCCCGUCAAUGGUCAUUUUUAGAACGGGCUUGUUACGAUAACCCUAGCCGAGUGUGCAUCUGACAUUUAUAUCACUCAUAUAAAAUCCUUGAAUCGAAUAACACUUCCAAAAACCCUAUUUCUCGAGCAGCUAUUGCCGCUGGAACUUCUAUUCGCCCCUUCCAUAACGCCAUCCACUGCGUAAGGUAAUUCUUGAUCCAUAUAUUCUUUGUUUAGUGGCAAAAAUUUCUUCUGGGAUUCAAUCGUAUUCUUAGCGUUAUAGAUUCAAACGCAAAUUUGAAUUAUCUAUUUGAUGAUGUUGUCGUGUUGAGUUGUCCUUAAUGUUCUCGGGGUUCUGUUUUUUUUUUUAGAGGACUUUGAAUCUGUGUUUUGAUAUUGAACGCUUAGGUGUUUGUUCGAAUAUGGGAUUGCUGUUUUGUGUUGGGCUGUUUCUGCUUUGGAUCUAAAGAAAUGAUUUUUUUUUUUUUUUGUAUGAGCUGGGUUUCUGGAUAGCGAUUAUAUUCAUAUUAGGAAGCUCGUUGUUGAUGGGGUUUCAUUAGUUUUAGCUUCUUGGUGUGUUUCUUUUUGACUGUAUUCCCGUUCAGAUUCUUUUGGAGUCUGGGUUUUGACUAUAUUUGUUUGUGAAAUUAGGUUCUUUGAAACAAAUUUGCAAAGAUGCAGAACGAGGAGGGACAGAACAUGGAUCUUUACAUUCCAAGGAAAUGCUCUGCAACCAAUAGGUUGAUCACUUCCAAGGAUCAUGCCUCUGUUCAGCUGAACAUUGGCCAUUUGGAUGAGCAUGGUGUGUACACUGGCAACUUUUCUACCUUUGCUCUAUGCGGUUUUGUCCGUGCUCAGGUUGGUUACUGGAAUUCUGCUAUUUUAUGCUUCUGGUUUUGGUUCUUUCCUCUUAUUGUAAUUUGGUUUUGUGUCAUGUUCAGUAUUUUCCUAUUGAUUCUGAUUUAAUAGUUAUUCUUUUCCAAAGUAUAAUAGGCUAAUUCUAUGUUCUAUGGGUUAAUGACUUAAUGCUGUAUCAUAAGUGGUAUGAAGUUGUUAAUUAUUAUUAGAUGUUCCCUUUUAUCGUUCUUAGUGCUUAUGCCCUUCCCCUGAUCAUGUUUACAAACGGGUGCGUGGAAGGACCAGCUAUUUCUAUAUUAGCGUGCUUUUCCAUGAUGUUUGGAGAUUUAUAGACACUUAUAAGAGCUUUGGUCUAUGUCUUUCUUAAUGUAUGUUAUCUAUAGACUGUUAUAAGAGCAACGGUCUUUGCCUUAAUGUACGUUAUUUUGGCCUUUUUCUUGCAGGGUGAUGCUGACAGUGCCCUUGAUCGCCUGUGGCAAAAGAAGAAGGAGAAGGUUGAUGUACGCCAGCAGUAGAAGGCUAGAGUAGGGCUUGAUUUGCCCUUAGUAGUUUAUAUUUCCCUCUGAACCUGUGAUGUUUUUCUGACUGCAUCGCGCGACUUUGUGAUAUGGCUUUAAAUUAUUCGGGUCUUUCCUUGAAUGAUUAAUAUUUGAGCAUUGAACGCAUUAUUAUUCAGAGAUAAUAGUUUUUGCGCUCUGUUUGCAACAUUUCUCUUUAAAUGAAACUUUAUUUUGACGUC